AAGUAUGUCUUACCAGGUGCCCGUUCUUGAUAAAAGUGGCAGCACUCCUGAUAAUGUGUGUAAGGUAGAUGGUGUUGUUAAUAAAGAUGACCCUACUGAGAUUUCCAGACUGUUGGUAUCUGAAGGAGUUGCUGACAAAGAAGACUUGAAAUCAAGUGACAAUAUGUCGGAAAACAAACAAAACACAAAUGCUAACUAUACAGCUUCUUUAUCUGUCGAAAACAAUGUGCAGAAUAACAAUAUGUCUUCCUUAAAGGUUGAUGUUGACAGUACAGAGUUGCAAGAUUUCUUGUCAGAUGAUGAAGAUCUGGAGGAUGAACAGGUUGGUGACAAUGACAGUGGUGAUGAGUCUGAUAUAGAAGACAAUGAUGAGCUGGCGUUACCUAUCCGACGGCGGGAAUCGAACCCUGUACUCCCAGACACUGUGUCUCUGCUGGAAUCUCCGUGUGGCAGCAAGGUGUAUCUUGUGGGCACAGCUCACUUCAGUCUGGAGAGUCAGGAGGAUGUGGCUAAGAUGAUCCAAGCAGUGCAGCCUGACUUUGUGAUGGUGGAGUUGUGCAAGAGCAGAAUCAACAUUCUGGAGCUUGAUGAAUCUACACUGCUAGAGGAAGCGAAGAACAUCAACUUUGAAAAAGUCCGAAUGGCAAUACGGCAGAGUGGUGUUGUUCAAGGAGUGAUGCACCUGUUAUUACUUUCCAUGUCCGCCCAUCUUACUAAAGAAUUAGGAAUGGCUCCUGGAGGGGAAUUUAGAAGAGCAUUUCAAGAGGCCCGUCUUGUUCCUGGGUGCCGCCUCCAGCUGGGAGAUCGACCGAUCCAGAUCACGCUGAAGAGAGCCCUGGCUGCACUGUCAUGGUGGCAGAAGGUGCGCCUGGGAUGGUACCUCAUCAUGUCGAAAGAUCCCAUUAGUAAAGAAGAUGUUGAGAAGUGCAAGCAGCGUGAUUUGUUGGAGGCUAUGUUAAAAGAAAUGACGGGAGAGUUCCCUGCCCUUAGUCAUGUGUUUGUUGAUGAACGCGAUGUAUACUUAGCGCACUCGCUCAAAGUUGCAGCCAGACCCCUGUUUUGUCCUGAUGCACCUGAAGGUGUAAUUCCGUCUGUUGUCGUGGGUGUGGUUGGCAUUGGUCAUGUGCCCGGUAUUGUAGCAAACUGGUCCAAAGAACAAAGUAUUGAAGACAUCAUGAUUGUUCCUGGUCCAUCAUUAUUUUCCAAGAUUAUUCGGUGGACGUUUCGAGUUAGUGUGCUGGGUAUUGUUUCAUGGGGUUGUUAUAGAAUCUACAGAUUCACCAGUCUUUUAGUCUUUUAAAAAUCAGCAGUAUAAUUAGUAUAUUCAAUUCUCUAUUUGUUGACAGUGAUUGGAAACGGAUUGGCUGUGUUUUGUUUUUUGUCCAUAUGCACAUGGCAACUACCACAAAUACUGUAUAUUGAUACCACUGCUGUUCAGCCCUGAAUGUCUACCUGAGACUGUAAUGGAGAGCAUGGUUUUGUAAGUUAUUGUGCUCCGUCACAUGUGUCUUAAAGCAACAUUUCGGUAACAGACCAACUGAUGAGUUGCAAUCCCUUGUUGUAAAGUAUUAACUUUCAGGUGCCAUAUAUUGAUGUGCAUGUUGAUUCUGUUGAGUAAUAAGCAUUAAUCAUAAGGAGUGGAUUCGGUUUUCGUGGUGGUGGAUGGGGGGAUUCUUCCUUGCUUAUAUUUAGUACCAAUAUUCCAGUGAGGACAUGUCCAGGCCUGCCUUUUCACCAAACCUGGGAUAUGUCCCUGGUGAUAUCUUUUGUAGUAAAUUGGGCAUUUAAUUUGUGCAAUUUUUAUUUCUGCAGUUAAGUUGCAAUCUUGAAGCUGAUGCUACUACAAAACACCAAUCUGUCAAGCAUGCUGUAGUAUUUCUAGUCUAAAGCAGCCACCUCAGGUUAAUUUUUAAUAUUAAGCAUGUGAAAUAAGUCAUGCAGUUUAAUUUUCUUACUGCGGUGCACGAUAUUUUAAACUUGUAAUAACUGCUACUUCCCAACCAGGGAACAUUUUGUUAUCAAAAUCUUGAUUAGUGAUAUUUCUAGUCGGUUAAAAAUUGGUUAGCAACUACUGUUUAAUGUUUCAAAAUUGUGUAGUAAUAUCUGAAAUUUGUGAAGCGAAUCGUGACGUGAUACUGAACAAGAUGUUCCCUGCCAGCUAGAUGACAUAAAAUACGCUGCUGGCCAUCUUGAAGCACUGAGUGUGGCAGUAACAGUUUGGAUUGUAAACUUGUAAAGCGUACAGGGAUGCUUUCAAAGCAGUUGAAUUUGUUCCUUUUUGGAAAAAAGACACUUGUAUGUUUAUGAAAACUGUAGUAAGCUAAGUAAACAAUGUUAUAGGGUGAGGAGGCGAAAUUGUCAUUUGAAAAAAGACACUUGUAUGUUUAUGAAAACUAGUAAGCUAAGUAAACAAUGUUAUAGGGUGAGGAGGCGAAAUUGUCAUUUGAAAAAUGAUUCCACGCAGUAUAGUUAACAAUCAUAAUUUUGCAUCUUGAUUAUCUAUGAGGUAAUGCAUCACACUCAAUUUAGUUUUUAAGUACAGAAACCGGCUCGGUAUAUUUGGUCCCUAAUGUUCAUUAACAAGUUGUGAUCGUAGAAAACUAAGUUGGGCAACUAUAUAUAGAGAACAGAAUAGAGCGAAAACUAUUACAAAGUAAUUUUAGUGUUUAGAUUACUACUCAACAGGCCUUUGAGAACUGAAAUCAUUUAUGGGCUAAAGAAAAACAACCCAGUUCUUUUUCGUAUAACCCACCACAACCAUGUAAAUGAUGUCCUAUAACAAAAGAUGGGUUAUGCAAAACAAGACUUUUUGUCAUUUCCAGAGGCCUGCACAAAAUGUCAAACUGAAAACCCAAGUUGAUGGUUCAUAUGUUCAUAUCUUUAACAUGUUUGCAGUAUUUUACCUAACACAUACUACUUUAUUAUCAUUGUGCAAAUCAAAUUGUUUUUGGUACAAUAAUUAUGAAUAGAAAUUAGAAUAUAAUUAUGUUAAGAUAUAUAAUUGGGAAAAUAAUGAACAGAUUUCGUCCUACUAUUGAAGGUUUUAUGAUAUUCAACUCAAAUGUACCUGUGUUUUUUGUAGGUAGUCUAACAGCUAUUGUAAAAUGUUCCUAACAAAGAGAGCCUUUUAACAACUACUAUUACACAUGUAAUGUAUUUUCUUGUUUACAAUAUAUCAGUGUUGCUGUGCAUUCGACAUGUUCCUGCUUCUUCUGAUGUUUGUAGUAAUCCAAGGUACAUGUAGAUGUUAUCUUACAAUGAUUUUGUAUAUAUCGGACCUUGUUGUUUUAGGGGAUUUAUCACUCUUACUCCCCAUCAUUUUACAGAGAUCAGGACUCCCCGUCAUUUUACAGAGAUUAGGACUCCCCAUCAUUUUACAGAGAUUAGGACUCCCCAUCAUUUUACAGAGAUCAGGACUCCCCGUCAUUUUACAGAGAUUAGGACUCGCCAUCAUUUUACAGAGAUUAGGACUCCCCAUCAUUUUACAGAGAUCAGGACUCCCCGUCAUUUUACAGAGAUUAGGACUCCCCAUCAUUUUACAGAGAUUAGGUCAAGGGGAGUAAUAUUUAGCUCCCCUUAGCAUGUGAAUUUAUAUUGUAUCAAUGUGGUCAUAUCUUUAAUGAUUCCCCAUCAGCUAAGUUAGUGGAGCAGUUGAUCACUCUCAUUCCAGUCAGUUCACCACAACUGGUAUAUCAAAGGCUGUGGUAUGUGCUAUCCUGUGUGGGAUGGUGCAUAUAAAAGAUCCCUUUCUACUAAUGGAAAAAUGUAGCGGGUUUUCUUUCUAUGACUGUCAAAAUGACCAUAUGUUUGAUAUCCAAAUAGCCAAAGAUUAAUAAAUCAAUGUGCUCUAGUGGUGUCAUUAAACAAAACAAACAAACUUUAAGGUAAUCAUUCCCCUCAAUAUAUUUCAUUACGAGGUCUGAUAUAUCGGAGGGGGAAAAAGAAGUCUAAGCUACUACAAACAUUACAACGAUCAGAAACACAAAAUAUGGGGACACUUUUAUUUAAAAUGUAACUUUAGUCAUUAAAAUGGCCGUAUUAAUCAGAAACAUUUUAGAAUGGUAGUAAA